UGCAGCACUGAGCUAUAAAAACCUCUCCAUGCCUUUCAGCAGCACACGACAGAGAGCGACACCAGAACCAGCUUUUUCCGACCACAGGCCAACAGCAGACACAAAGAUGAAGAUGCCACAGCUGCUCAUCCUCCUCUUCGCCAUUCUGGUGCAUGCGGCAGCUGGUUUCCCCACUGACCGGAGAGAAAUGCCAGGGCGGGACAAGCACGCCUCCUGGGACGACGUGAACGUGGUGGCUCACGGCCUCCUGCAGCUGGGCAGGGGUCUGAAGGAGCACGUGGACAAGAACAAGGUCCAGAUGAGAGACGUCAACGCCAAACUCAAAGCCCUAAACGGCACGGUGGCCGAGCUGGAGAAGCAGCAGCAGCAAGGUGAAGCUCUGAAGGCCAGAGGUGCAGCGGUGGAGGAGAGGGAGAGGAUGGCUGCAGAGCUGGCUGAAGAGGUGAGGGUGAAGGCGGAGGAGGUGAAGAAGCAGAGCGAGGACAUGGACUCCAGGAUGGACAGACUGGAGGAGAAGAUGGAUGAAGUGCUCACUGGGCCGAAACUGGCCGGCAACUACAGCGAUCACUCCGGAGCCCCAUUUAUCCAGAGGUUGCUGGCGGCUCAGAACAGACGAAUUGAUGAGCUGGUGGAGAAAAUCAGGCAGCAGCAAGGCAAACUGGAGAAGCAGAGUCUGCACCUGAAAGCACUGCAGAGCAAGGUUUCCCACAAAAGAGUCAAAUUGCACGGACGGAGAGACGAGGAGACGGCGCUGAGAGAAGAAGCAGAGCAGAACAAAGACACAUCAGAUUUGCCCAGAGACUGUCAUGACCUGUUUGUUCGAGGGCAGCGAGUCAGCGGCGUCUACACAAUCCAACCCAAGAACUCAGAGAGGUUCGACGUCCUCUGUGAAAUGUCUUCAGAAGGCGGAUGGACUGUCAUCCAGAGACGUCAAGACGGAUCCCAGAACUUCGACCAGCUGUGGGAAAGCUACAAGAACGGUUUCGGCAGCCUGAAGGGUGAGUUUUGGCUGGGCCUGGAGAACAUUCACUCUCUCUCCAAACAAGGCCAGUACGUCCUGGAGGUGGAGCUCUCCGAUUGGGCAGGAGAGCGGCAGACGGAGCGUUAUCAGUUCCAGCUCGAAGGAGAAAAGAAGAAGUUCGCCGUCCACCUGGAGGCUUCAUCUGGCGACCAGGAGGAAAUCAUCGUCACCGGAGCCUCCGGUCUUCCCUUCUCCACGGCCGACAGAGACAACGACCUCGCUGGAGACGCCAACUGUGCCGAGCUGCUCUCAGGUGGCUGGUGGUUCAGUGGCUGCGGUGAGUCAAACCUCAACGGCCGAUACCCCAGAGAGCCGAGUCUGCUCAGGAAGCAGCGGCACAGAAGACAAGAGAUGUUCAGGUCGUCCACAAGGAGACAGAACAAGUCUCUGAAGACCGUCCUAAUGAAGAUCACACCCGCCACAGUAAAACAAUAAGCUGCUCAGUAGGUCUCAUAAAGGUCAAACAAAAAAGACCAAAGAAAACAGGAGUUGUUUUAACUUUUAGGAUGAAAUCAACACACUUGACUAAGCACAGUCAUAAUCUCCUGAUGCUCUGAUAUUUCUAUGCUAUGCCAUAUGAUAACCGUUGUCUGUUGUUGUUCAAUCAUAUUGACAGUUCAACAUUAUCCCCUUUAUAAGGGUUUUAUGUUUUAAUCUUAUUUUAUAUCACUUGCUGUAUGUGUUUUUAUUACUUUGUACUUGAAUAGUUUCUUGCUGUCCACAUUUAUACACUUUGUGUUUUACAUUUCAUUUGUUGUGAAGUGCAGGAAAAUAAAAGAUUUAAAAGUGUAAACUAAA